AUGCCGGCCCAUCACCAGAAACCGGCCCCCCUCGCGCCGGCAUCGCCUCGAAACACCGCAAAGUACACUAACAAGGACGGCUCCAAGUUCAUCACCGUCCCCAAGGGUAGCCCGUCAGACUCGUCUCGGCCCUCGACUCCUCCCGCCGUCGCCAAAUCCAGCAGCGCCCCGCCGCCCGCGGACUCGACAGCCCUCGACACGUCGGCACCGGCUGUGAAUCGCAAGAAGCAGAAGCGACGGCAAAAAGCUGCUGCAAAGGCUGCCGCCGCGCAGGCUGCCAAUGGCCACCCUAGUCCCGCUCUCAGCUCCGAUAAGCAGACGUCCGCCUACUAUGAGCCUGUCGCAAGCGAUGAGGAUGACGUCGAAUAUGUCCUCGCUGACGAUGUCGAACCCACGUCAACGGCCAACGGCCACACGAUAGACUCCAAAGCUAAUAAGAAGAACAAGAAGAAAAAGAAGCGGACCGACGGCGGAGGCCACGCGGCACAGACGGAACCGGAGCAGCAUCCGGCUCCGGCGACGACGCGAGGUUCUGGAAUGUCUAGGGAUAAAAUAUGGAGUACUAGCAAUCACGAGGAGCGCGAGCGUAUCAAGGAGUUCUGGCUGGGCCUGGGCGAGGAGGACCGAAAAUCCCUGGUCAAGGUGGAAAAGGACGCCGUGCUGAAGAAGAUGAAGGAACAGCAGAAGCACACGUGCAGCUGUACCGUCUGCGGAAGGAAGCGUACCGCCAUCGAGGAGGAGCUGGAAGGUCUGUAUGAUGCAUACUAUCUCGAGCUUGAGCAGUUUGCCAACCAGGGAGAGGGCCCGCCCAUGCUGCCUCCUCCCCCGCGAGACUUCUCGAUGCGCCCGUCGCGGACCCUGCCGGGGGCGUACCCGCGACCGCCCCCGGCCCGCGGUCGAAUAGUGGAACACGUCGGCGACGACGACGAAGAGCUCGAGGAAGCCUACAGUGAAGACGAGGCCGAGGACGACGAGUAUAGCGACGACGAACCUCCCGAGGAAUUUCAUGGCUCUCCCGACCGAGACGUGGCUGAUUUCUUGACGUUUGGUAACAGCCUCCAAGUCAAGGGUACGCAACUUCUUGAUUCUCUUCUGCACAGAUAUGGUAACAUGGACUUAGGCGGCAUUCUCACCGUGGCGGAUGACCUACUCAAAAACGACGGCAGGCGCUUCAUCGAAAUGAUGGAGCAGCUCGCGGAACGUCGCAUGGCCCGAGAAGAGGACGCUCGAGAGCACUUUGCUCGCGGCUACGGUCAUCCCAACGGCUCAUACUCCGCUCCUCACAAUCACCCUCCGCCCGAAGACGAAGAGUACGAGGACGAAGAGGAAGAGGAGGAGGAGGAGGACUACGACGACAGUCAGGACGAGGAGUAUGAGGACGAAGAGGUAUACUGCCACCCUCCCUCUGUGAUGCCGUCCAGGUUCCAUAAUACUGAAUGCUGUUGCCAGGACCCGAUGACGGAGGAGCAGCGAAUGGAAGAAGGCCGUCGCAUGUUCCAAAUCUUCGCCGCCCGCAUGUUCGAACAACGAGUACUAUCCGCCUACAAGGAGAAGGUUGCCAAGGAACGGCAGGAAAAGCUGCUGGAGGAGCUUGAGGAGGAGAGCCGCGCCGUCAACGAGCAAAAGGCGAAAAAGGCCAAGAACGCCCAGAAGAAGAAGGACAAGGCGGCCCAGCGAAAGCAGGCGCUCGCCGAGGAGAAGGCUCGCAAGGAGGCCGAAAAACUCGCCGAAGAAGCCGCUCGGAUCGAAGCCGAGAAGAAGAAGAUUGCUGAGCAGAAGCAAAAGGCCGAGGAGAAGCGCAGGCAGAAGGAGGCUCAGAAGAAGGCCGAGGAGGACGCCCGCCUCAAGAAGGAGGCCGAACGGCAGCGCCGAAUCCACGAGCAGAAGGAGAAGCAGGCCGAGCUGGAGCGGAAAGCGCGCGAAGCCAAGGAGCGCGAGAAGAAGCUCAAGGACGAACAGCGCAUAAAGGAACGCGAGGCCCGCGAGCAAAAGGAGCGCGAAGCUCAGGAGCGAAAAGAGAAACAGGAGCGCGAUAAGCGGGAAAAGGAGGCCCGAGCCGCGAAAGCUCAGAAAGAGGCCAGGGAGGCAAAGGAGGCCAAGGAGGCAAAGGAAGCCAAGGAAGCCAAGGAAGCUCAAGAAGCUGCAGAGGCUGCCAAGGAGCUCCUCCUCCAGCAGCAACGAGCCAAGGAGGAAAAGGCCGCGUCCAAGCAGCAGCAGCAGCAGCAACCGCCGCCGCCGCCGCCGCCGCAACAGCAUCCUCCCGUUUCGCUGCCCGCCGUCUUGCCUCAACACCCCCCUAACCCAGCAAGCUUUGCUUCACCAAAGAUCCCCGUGGCCACCCCGGCACUCCCCAAGGCACCGACCCCGAUACGGCCGAGGACGACAUCUCAGCAACACGCAACCGGUCCCGCGAGCUCGACCGAUUCCCAGACGGCGUCUGUUCCAAGCCAAAGCGCUUCACCACACUCUGUCACGCCGGUAUAUACUAGUCCCAGUUCCACUGGGCCGGAGAGGAGGAUCAGCGGAAGCACUCCGGUCACGAUGCAGCCGACAGGAAUGUCCGGCACGCCGCCCGGGCUGCCGCUGCCCAAGGGUCCCAGCCCGUCCGCCCCGUUCCAGAUGCCAAUGAUGGGUAUGCAACCUCCGCCGGGUCUGAGUCCGCAUGCGCCUCCGCCUCCGCCGGGAUUCCCCAGUCGGCCGUCUCACGAUCCCAUCUUUCCUGUGGGCUUCCGGCCAAGUCCGGCACACAACAUGAUGAUUCCGCCACCUGGCAUCAGCAACUCGACGGUUCGCGGUUUUCCACCAGUUACAAUGCCUCCCCCCGGAUUCUCACAGCCAGCGGGCGACUUCCCCAUGGGUCAAGGCUUUCCCAUGCCUGCUAGAGACGGGCCUGGCUUGACUCACGGGCGCCAGGGCUCCGUAGGCUUUGAGAGCGCACCCGGCACCCCUGGCCAGCUGAUGGGACGGCCGGCGCCGAUAGGCCGACCAGGCAGCGUCAGUCAAGGAUUCUCGCGCGACAGGGAGGAGGAUACGCAACACCUGGGAAGCCGUGUCCUUGUCGAAGACGACGAGCCCCUGGGUACCGAUGCCCCCAGCGCCGGCGGCUUGCGCCAUCAGCCUCCGGGACCACGAGCCAGCUUCGCCGCGGGCCCAUUCAUCGACUCGGGAUUUCCUAUGGGCCACAACCCCUGGGGCCCCAUCAACAGCCCUCCGCAGCCCUUUUCUUCUACGACAGCCGCCCAGCCAUUUGCUCUACCGACAUUUGGAAAUCCGACCUGGGGCCCUCCGAGCGGUCCACCUGGAUUCCACGUUGGCUCCCCCAGCGGACUAGGAUCUCUCCGAUCGCAUUCUCAACCCCGUCACGUAGCUGUGCGCGUGAUGCUUUCUCAAGCGUGCAAAGAGCUGGCCAACACGGGCUCUGGCGACAAGGAGGGGUAUGUGGAGCUUUCAAGCAUCAAGGCGCAUGUCGACCUGAUAUCCGGCGACCCCAGCAUCACGGAGCAGGAUCUCCUGAAUCUCUGCGACACGGUGGGCAGUCUGUCCAACGGCGGGGGGUCCUUUGACGUGAAGCAAGACAUUUCCGGGCUGAGGAAGAUACGUUGGGUUCCCGACACGGACGAGGGGCUGAACCCGCACUUCCGUGCCGUUGGAGCGCCCGGCGAGAUUGGUAGCCCCUUGGUAGGUCACGCUUCUUUGCGCGGGAUUUAG